AUGAAGCAGUACUUUGGUCUGGAGAAGCUGGUGAAGGUGGACAGUGAAUUGAACCUGCGGAAUUUAAAGGCAAAAUGGCGACAGGGUGAUGGAUGGCAGGCGAAUAUCCAGCGUUUGACCGAGUGUCAUGGCGAUCUUGUUGUUCCCUACGAAUUUCCAGCGUCCGAGAGAUUGGAGAUCACAUGUCUGGAUGGUGCCACUGUUUUGGAAACUAUUGAUGCUGUCUCUGCCAUGGCAGCAGUGAGAAAUAGUGCCAAGAAAGAGGUGGAAUCUGCUGAAUAUUACACUCAGGAGCUGUCAGGCUCUCACACUUCUUCUCCCACCACCUCUACCUGCAACAACAACAACAGCAGCAACAGCAGUGUGGGACCACAGCAGUGCCAAUCUUUGGACAGUCACCAAAGCCUUUUAAAUGGAGCACAGGCGAGCCCAUUUGUCUGUGGCGGUGUCCUGGCUGCCCCCUGCACAGACAAUUCAUUGCCUUCAGGAGCACUUGUUAAUGGAUCUGCUUCACACUGUACCUCAGAGGAACCUCAAGUCCCCAACAAGGAUGUGUCCCCUUUGCCUGGGACAGACACCAACCCUGAGGUGUUGGAGCCUCCCUGCGAGCUUCAAUCAAACACUUGGCAAAAACCAGAAGGGCACGUUAUGAAAGCACCAUCCACACGGACCCUAUCCGAGUCGGACAACAGCGACCGCGAGACUCCCUUGGUGGGGGACAAUGCGGAUAACGGGGCAAUCAGCCGGGUGUGGACAAACAACGGCAUUAAAGCGGGAUCCUUAAGGGAUGUUGAUUCUGAGUCAUCAGAAAGCUCCUCUGACAACUACGAUGGCCUAAACAGAAGCCUCCGAGAGAAGUUUAUGUGCUUCCUUUUGAAAGGCAGGAUACUUGAUGAAGUGGUGAAAGGAAAGAUAAAGGUGGAGGGGCUUCAGUCAGCCAGCUCAAGGAGGAGGAAACGAAAAACAUGCAGAGUGAAAAGGAUACCAAUGGAAGAAAAAGUUAACGAGGGCUUCAGCUGUGCCUCCCUUACUAACACGGACUUGGAUUUUGAUUCGUCUAUUAGUGAAGAGCGUUCCUUGAGGCAGGAUUCGGAAAGUUUGAAAGCACACAUAGAUUCGCAUCUAGGGAACUCCCAAGACCAGAAAAACUUAAUUUCAAGCGAUAAUGGAGGCGGGUGCAAUGAAGCCGACACCUACGUGGGUGGCCAACCUAUGCCAUUAAAGAGGCAGCUGGAAACGGGCUUGGAGACAGAGCACUCGUUUUUCCAAUGCACAAAGUGCAAUGUUAAUUUCAAGGAGAAAAGGCAUUUGCAUAGGCAUAUGAUGUAUCAUUUAGAUCGGCAUAAUCAGGUAGGGCAAGCGAGCGUCCUCCGCCCCUUUAUAUGCAAAGAGUGUGGGCGUUCGUUCUGCGAGCAUUCUUCCCUGCAGAAGCACAUGCUGAUCCACCAGGUGCGAAGGGAGAAGUUGAUGGAGGAGAUUAAAGACUUGAAUGAACUGAGAAUGCAGGGAGGAGAAGCUCAGCUGCAGUGUCCCCAGUGUGCUUUUGGAACCAACUGUCCACAAGCAUUCACUAAUCACGCCAAGACCCAUGAAAAGGACAAAAAUGAUUACACUUGUGUAGAAUACACACAGAAUCGCACAGUGUUGAGCAAGUCAGAUAAGGAAGCACACCAACAGAUGGCUCACCUCAGUGCAUGCCAAGGAAGAGUCGUAAAACCCUCGGGUAUGCUUCUUUGCAAAAUUUGCACAUUUAGAACAAAGUAUAGGGACGUUUUAAGAAAGCACCUGAAACUCGUACAUGACCAGCCACUUUGUGACUAUGAAUUUCUGUCACACAAUAUGGCAACGGACCCAGACCCUGUAAGGUCAGAGCGGGACAGGACACCAGGCCAAACCGAAGCAGACGACUCCCCUCCACCUUCACUGAAGCCAAAGUUUCUCAGAGAGAGGCAAAAGAAAAGUGGAGCAGGGCUGUCUGCAUGGUCAAACAGCCUUGCGGACCUUUUUCUGAGAGAUAAUGGCACACAAAAAUCUUGUAAAAGUUUGAGCUCCUCACUGAUCAAGUGGAGCUUUGGCAGCUUGGCAAACAAUCUGUCACCGUCGUCCGUGCAACGUGACAAGCCAAGUAAAUUAUCUCAGCCUACAGAGAGAAUAGAUGUGACAACAGGUCUCUCCUAUGUUGAAGAGGACAAUCAAGAAUGUGAAAGUUCUGUCUCCAAACGGAACACAAAAUGUCUCUCUGGCUUUGGCAUUAAUCUUGCGACCAAGUUUGCAAUCUCCAGCAAAGCUGUACAUCUGAACCAUGAUGUGAACACUUCCAAAGAUCACUCUGCUGGAAGCAGUUUAGUGGCACACAAACAAAAAUCUCCAUCGAAAAGAAAAAUGUCCAUUCCAUAUCACAACACGCCCAAGAAAUUUCCAAUGAUUUUACCAAAACGUGAAUCAGGAACUCCGGAAAGGCUUGAUAUUUAUUCUUUGCAGAGUGGUGACUACAGUAGUGAUAACUUCGGCACAGUUAAUCAGGCAAACGAUGCUCAUUUUCCCAGCGAGAGCACAGCACAAUUCCUGGAUGGCAGUGACUCCACUGACCCCUUAACUCAGCAGGGACAUCUGCUUAAAGACGAUGUCCACGACUCUCCUGAUCAGUCAGAUCUUGAUAGCAACAUGGAAGACGAUGAUGAGAUCAGUACGCUCAUAGUGAAAGAAGAGAACAUAGAGAGUGCAGUGAGCGAGGAGAGUCCGGAGUGUACUGAUCCUAAUCUCGGCGAUUCUUGCACCAGCUACUGCGUGUCCCCCUUGUUUGAACCAGAUCGGAAGUACUGUCCAUAUUGUCCUGCUGUGUUUGAAUCAGGGGUGGGCUUGUCCAAUCACAUCAGAGGACAUCUCCAUAGAUGUGGGUUAAGCUACGAGGCUCGUCACAUGUUGUCACCUGAACAGGUGGCGUCUCAGGACCGGCAGCCUCGCAUUCGCAGAAGAGCGCCCUCCAUGAGCAGCAGGAUCAGGAGAGAUAAAUCUGAAUCUCGGACCGAACACACCUGCCCCCUGUGUCGGGGCUGGUUCGACACCAAAACUGGCCUGUCCAAUCACGUACGGGGUCACCUGAAGCGGAUUGGCAAGCCAAUCUCCGGUGUCAGUAAAUCUCCCCUGUGCAUCCUAACUGAGCUCCUGCAGGACAAAAAUGAGCAUGGGAACGUUCUCCGAGCGCUUGAGGACAAACCUCGCUUCUCCAGACCCUUCAUUUCUCAGAAGUUUGCAGGAAGCGAUGGCCCGUUUCAUACACCCACUGACAUCCCACUGAAGAUCCAGCACUCUGCUUACAGGCUGGUCUCUGAGGAGGAUGAGAAGAGGAAGAGGAGGGAGGAGAUGAACGAGAACAGCAAAAGCACUUUAGAGCUUCUUAAGACACAGAGAGUGGACCAGGCGUCGGCAGUCACAUGCCACUCUAAGACAGCCAGAGCCCGCUUUAUCAUUUCUCCAUCCAAGAAGGUUCCUCCUGAAGCUCUGCCUGACUCCAUAUGUAGCCAAGGCAAGUUUGAAGGAAAUAAGAAGAUUUGUAUCCAUUGCAAUGCAACUUUCCACAGCGGUGUCAGUCUGUCCAAUCAUCUUAGGGCUUAUGCACGUAGGAAGAGGAUCGCCAUGUUGGAGGGAACGUCAUACGAGUGUAAUCAGAAACUGCCUCGCUCGAGGUCUGGGCCAAAGAGGAAGGCGUUCCACACCCUACACACCACCUCUGAAAUGAUCUACACGCUGACGUGCAGGUUCUGCGAUCUGGUCUUCCAGGGGCCGCAGUGCGUGCAGGAGGACUGGGUGAAGCACCUGCAGAGACACCUCAUGCACACUGCUGUCAGAGGCACGGGCGCUGGGAUGGUGGAGGUGCCAGCGGUGUGUGAGGAGCCAUGUGCUCCGGACUGUGUCACUCAGGGGCUUUAAAUUCAAGUUUACACGCAAGCUUUAUUCAUGUGACCACUCUUCUUUGGAUGUAAAUAGGAAGAGACACAUUUUAUUCUAUAUAGAGAUAUCUCUGGACAAGUGUAGAAAUCUAUAUAAGAAAAAUAUCAGAGAGAGGGAGAGAGAAUAUUUUCUAAUAUUGCACAUAUUUUCUCUUCUCUUUACUUUUUUUUUUAAAUAUUCCCCUUAUAGGCAUGACAUUUGUCAUAAGUAUUGACACGUUCCUACGUUCAUAUAGUCUUAUACAGAGUUGAAUAUUUGCUUAGAGAUGAUGUGUUCUGAUCUAUUUUUAAAUCACAAUCAUACCUGGUGCACACAAUGUUACAUUUAUUGCUAAGACGACUUCUGUAAGUGUAAUUCUUGUGUAAUUAGGGAUGUACUGAAACUUUGGCCACUGAAAAGUUUUUUUAAAAGAUUAAAUACAGCAAAUGAUCAAACAGUAUCACUUUAUAAAAUCAUUUCCCAUUAGUGGUUAAAAAGCCUGGCCCUUAUUCAUCUUACUUGUAUGCAGUCAAAUCUAAUUGGAAAACAAACUUACACAAAUUCUACCAUCAGUGACCAUAUUUAUCGGUUGCGUGUGGUGGGUUUUUUUUAAUUAUUUUUUAAAAAUCUGUGUUAAAGUAUAUUUUUGACGAGGGAUUAUUUUCUUAGGAUUAAUGUAAGGUUUGACUUCAGAGUGAUCUUAAUCACAAAGACUUGUCAGAUUAACGAGGAUGUCAAUAAUUCUGUGACUGUAUAUGAUAUGUAAAUAAGAGACUAAUAGAUGGAAGCACUCAGCAGCAGAUGAUUUUCUCUCGGAUCACCAAUGUCUGUCGUUUUUGUUUGUUUUUUGUUUUUUUUGGGGGGGGUCGUCAUAUGACACUUUCACACAAGAAUUUGUUCACAUAUUGCAAGUCCUCAAAUCUUUGCUCGUUUCUAUGCAAAUUUGAUGAAUAAGGGCCGUUGGGUGCUGCAUCCUGUGUUCCCCACAUUCUUAUCCAUUUCUGUGUCACUAUUCCAUCUUGCAAUCUGCGUCCCCAUGCCAUUUCCUGCUCUGAAUCUAUGUAUCUUCUGAAUCGGGCCAUCUGCAUUACUACUUUCUGAUUUGCACUACAUGUGUAUCUUUUCUCACACAUACACAUCAUGUUUUUCCAGAACUGAAUGGCUGUGGUCCAUUAUUAGCCAUAAUCACCUGCAGUGCAGGAUUAGGAUUUUAUGCUACUUGUUUGUUUAUUAGUGAUUACUUGGGAUUAGUGUUGGGUUUUAUUCAAAUCCUUCAAAGAAAAUGUAAAAAAAAAAAUUGACAGAAUUUAUGCAAUGAUACAAAAACCAAAUGAGCCAAAAGAAUAUAAAUGUAUAUAAUCCACCAUUCUGUUUUCACUUUGGUUUUGAUAGCCUCCCCUUACUGUUGAUUUCUGCCAUGGAUUUUAACUUCGGUGCAUUUCUAUGUGCAUGUUAAAGGGCCUUUAGAUGCUUGCAUUUGCAUUGAUGUUUGCAUUUUAGGGGACAAAAUAAUAAAAACUGUAAUAUCGACACAUUGGAGACAUGCUAUAUAUGCUUAUAAGAUGAUACAAAAUUCCUUAUAUAAGCUCAUCUAGAUGUGUUAAAAGCAAAUGGUUCUGUGAUCUAACACUACACUGCUGGAACAGCUGCAUACAUUGCUUUUUGUAGGCAUAUUAGCAUCAGUUCUGAUGCCAGAUUUCAGCGGAGGUACUGUUUAUGUAUUGAACUUACCUUAACUAUCCAAAUAGUCAACUCUUACUGUUAGGAUUUAUUGAGAGAGAAUGAUUUAUGAGCAAUUUUAGAUGUGAAUAAGUGACAUACUGUAUUUUCCAGAUUGUAAGAUGUGCUAUUGGCUCUGUGCAGCAGAUACAGUGAAGCCAGAUAUUAUUAUUAUUUUUUUUUUUGCUUUAGUCUAAUUAUAAUGUGCCUAUUAAGAUUUUUUUAGUAGACAUGCAGCUCUAGCGGUUACAGUAGUUUUUUUUUUUUCUAUAACGUAUUCACAAAGCAGCAUUAUUACUGAAAUGUUCACUGCAAAACUUGAGACAAAAGGAAAAAAAGAUUUUUUUAAAAAAUUUUAAAAAUGUCUCGUUUUACUGGCCUCAUACUGUAUGUCUGAAACUUGUACUAUUGUGUGCAUAAAACGAGAGUUAAAAACUGACAUUAACUUGGCACUAACAUCAGAAAUCCUAUAACUGUGCUAGCAGUUGCCAUUAUUGACUGGACAAUGUUAUUUAUGAAGGUUUGUGUUUUCUUUCGCGCUAACAGAAUUUAUAUGAUAAGUGCUCAAGUAAAGGCCUCUGGAUACUGUACAGCAUUGAUUUUUUUCCCCAGAAUAUAAGCAGAAUUUGUUUUAUACUGUACUUAUUGUCCAGAAAACAUGGACGGCUUCAUCUAGAUUAAGUUUUAUUUGCUUUUACAGCCCUGGGUUUAUCCAUGUAGCAAUAAAGAGGACUAACACCAUCAAACCAUGUAGAUAGGGCCUGUGAGUGAGUGAGUGAGUUUGACUGAGCAAUAGCAGUUUGCCAAGCAUAGGCUUUUCAGGAUUGCUAUAAUUAAUAAAUGAGUUGAUGACAAA